ACGCUCUGGCCGGGCGAUCGACUUGUCGCUCCGUCUUUGUCAGGUGGUCCCUCUCUGUACUAACAUCAGAGCUGCACCUCGAGCCAGCUCUCACGUCGAGUAAAGCUAAAGAUUCUCAAGAAUCGCAAGUGACCGAAGUAGCUGUCUAGUGUUCGGAUGUCGCGUGUCAAUUUUUAACUCUAGCUUAUAUAUUUACUGUCAAAACAAAUUACUCAACACUGAUAUAUAAAGUUACCAAGUGCCCAGUGCCCAGCAUCAUCUGUGUCAACCUGUCUUGUGAUUUAUUACAUUUAUUACUAUACCCAGCAGUGUAACUAAAAUACUGAAAUCGCAAUCACCGUCAAAAUAGACAGAGUCUACAACAAUGAUACAAUUGUCUUCUUUCAGAGGUACUUUUACUUGGAAUGGACGGAACAGAAGUCAGCCGCAACAAUAUCUGGAUAAUAAACAAAAAUAAUAUUGACGUUCAUAUAAACAGCGACUCUUUUUAUUUUAUCGCUCAUCGGCAACACACCUAUUAUUUAUUUAUGUGCGGAUUUGUGACUGUUGAUGAUGCACGCUUGAACUUUGGGCGGGCAGCUAAGUCAUUACCUUCAUGGACAACUCAAACUGAGAUUAAUUUUAUGCAUCGAUUCUCAAAAGCGAUCGGGUCAAUUAGUUCGUCUUAAAGAGGGUGAUGGCUAGUUUGACAGUCACGACGUCAAGUAAAAAUAGUUCUCGUGGUAAUUCACCGAACAGAGGAAAUAUACUAACUCACCAUCGACAAUCAUCCGCUAACCUGGAGCACGUGCCAAAGAUAUGUAAUACUGCAGUUGGCCAAACUGGAGAAGGUAGUACUGGAAGCGCAGGAAGCAGUGUCUGUGGAGCUACGGCUAUGAAGAGUAGUGCGAGACAAAGAUCACCCGGUGCAAUGGCGCGAUCCGGUGAUACUUUGGACGAAACAAACCAAACAAAUCCGUCCAACGUUGAGUCCGAGGAUUUUGUAUCCAACAUUCAUCCGCCGACCGAUGACGAAGGAUUUAUUUUUCAGGAAACAUUUCAUACUACAGCACAGUCGUUCUUAUCGAACGGUUCGUCGGAAUUAAUAGGCGAAGAUGUUGACUCGAGUGGAGCUAGAGUUCGCCAGGCGAUAGAACAAACGCAAAAUAAAAUAACAAAAACUCGAGAGCUAAUACGUACGGAACAAAAAACACGAGAUGAAAAUGUCAAUGAGUAUCUUAAACUCGCUGCGAAUGCAGACAAGCAGCAAUUGGCGAGAAUAAAGACGGUAUUUGAGAAGAAGAAUCAAAAGUCUGCUCACAAUAUUGCUCAGCUGCAGAAGAAAUUGGAUAGUUAUACGAAAAAAUUGAGAAAUUAUGAGAUGAACGGCGCGCCGACGAGUCAUCGCCAGCCCCGAGAGGUUCUUCGAGACAUGGGUCAAGGAUUAAAAAACGUGGGCGGUAACAUUAGGGACGGAAUAAGCGGAUUUUCGGGAAGUGUCAUGUCCAAACCCAGGGAGUUCGCGCACUUGAUAAAAAAUAAAUUCGGCAGUGCCGACAAUAUAAAUACCCUAUCACUUGACAGUAAUGGAUCUACUUUUUAUGUAAACGAUCCACCACGUGCAGGUACCGGCGACAAUGGGAGCAUCGAGGAAGAGAAAACCCACCACGGCUCGGCGACGUUGCCGGGUGGUUGUAGUUUAGGUUCAACCCACAGCGCUGCGCCGGUCAAAUUUCCCUCAGAAGAGGGCUCGGAGUGCUCGAGCGUCACCAGCGAAAGCGGCCCCGGGAGCAGAGGUCAAGCGCACGCUUGUCACAGUAAUAAUGCCGCUUUCAGCUUGAAGUCCAUCUUCGUUGAGCUGCAGGAGCACCGGGAGAACUUCGAGCGUAUGCGGGAAAAAUUGGAAACGCUCAAGACACUUCAACAAGAAGUAACAUUUUUAUCAAACGCACUGCAAGAAGAACGCUUUCGGUGCGAGAGACUCGAGGAGCAAAUGAACGACUUGACCGAGUUGCAUCAAAAUGAAGUUGAAAAUUUGAAGCAGACGAUAACAGACAUGGAAGAGAAGGUCCAGUACCAGAGUGAAGACCGCUUAAGGGACAUUCACGAGAUGCUGGAGAACUGUCAGACCAAAAUAUGGAAAAUGGAGCACCAGCAGCAGCAGCACCAGCAAUACGUAACGCUGGAGGGCCUGGACAAUAGUAACGCGCGAGCGUUGGUUGUUAAAUUAAUCAACGUUGUGCUAACUGUUUUACAAGUCAUUUUGUUGCUUGUAGCCACGGGCGCGGGUAUAAUGAUGCCCUUUUUGAGAACGAGCUGUACUAAGCCUCAUUGUUUCAUGUGCAGGGUGCGCAUAUUGACGACAACUUUGGUCGUCCUGGGUAUUAUCUUUGUCCUCAAGCAGUGGCCCGAGGUCCACGAUGUUGGGAGCCAUUUGAUGAGACACCUCAAGCAAACACUUGCCGGUUUGGGUAAGUAGCCGCAGAAUAAUUACCUGGCUACAAACGGACCAUCAAUGAAACAUCAACUUUUAAAAAAUAAUUAAAAUUGAACCGGAUUGAAAGACAAAAAUAAAUUUGAAGUCGCUUAAUAUUUGUUAGUAGGUAAAUAUAAACAGUUAAGAUUUUAUUUAUAUAUACAUAAAUAUUAUUAUUAUUAUAAUUAUUAAUAUUAAUAUUAUUAUUAUAAAUGUAUUGGAUGUAGAUGAAUUAUUGUAACAUAUUGUUUAGUCAGUAAGGUAUGUGAUAAUUAACAUGAAUUUUAAAAAAAUAUCGAGAGACAACGGGAGAGUAACGGUAAUACGUAGCAGUCAAAAUUUUUAAUAAUAAAUAGUAAUAAUAAUUAUUAUUAUUGUUUAUUAACAAAUAAAAUUUAGUAAUUUAGUGACAUAAAAUAGAAUUUUUUAUGUGGUAAAUUAUGGGUGUAAAUAUAACAAAAGUCUUAAAAUUUUUUAAAAUUGAAAACUGUUUCUGCCCGUGUAAAAAAAAAUUAUAU